AUGGAUUUUGAAUUCCGACUGCAAGAGGUGGAGGCCUAUGAAUGCUUGAUGACUAUGUGCCGACUACUGAUCUAUCAUUCCCAUCUCUACAAAUUCAAGGACAAACAUGUCACUGGACAAAUGAUGAGCACACGAGCCAGAUCCACCAUCUCCAAUGUCAUCCAUAACAUUGAUGAAGCUGCAACCAGAUAUCAGAAACUUUGUGGCGAUCUCGUGGUUCUAGCAGGUGCAAUUGAUGGUGGAAAGCCGGGAUGGGACUGCCAGCUGCGGGAGCUGAGUGCUACAGAUGUCUGUCCUCUGGAAGAGAUUUUACCAGGGGAAACAGAGGGAUGGCAUGCAAUGAGCUGGAUCUGGCAGGUGUAUCAACAUGACACUGAUGCCAAAGAGACCAUGGAGGCCUUGAGAAUUGAAUGGUGCAAGACAAGGGCACACGCUCAUUGCUGGCAUGAGGAGGUGAUUCAAUUGGAGGAGGAGAUGAAACAGGUGAAGGCUUUUUUUGUGUCGGAAGGAAGGACCUGGUUGGUACAUGCUGCAUGA